AUGGCCGCAAACGAAACUGACAUUGAGUCGAGACCCACAGAGUCUGCACAAGAAGAGGAUGAAGGUGGUGACGUUCACAGAUGUGGCAAGUGCAAACUCGACUUCUCAAGCAUUGAGGAAUUCAUACGCCACAAACUUGACAAAGACAAUUGUAAGGUCUUGUAUAAGUCGCGACAUCGUCGUGUUUUGUUACCACAUUUGGUGAAGAAGCCAAUUAAGACAGAGGUCAUCACCCCGCCAGUGCAAAAGAAUGAAGGCACCAAAGAAAACUUGGGGGAAAAACAACCUGUCAAAAGAAAAAGAGGUCGCCCACCAAAUAGCAAACAAAAAAAGUCACACAUCGAACCAUCAGCAAUUAUUGAAAGUCCGACUAACUAUGAAUGUUUGCAAUGUAAGCGAACGUUUAAUCGCGGGGCGACACUUCGUCGCCACAUGGAAAUGAUCCACGAGGCGGUGACACUGAGUGACGAAGAAGACGGGUUUGCAGCCCUGCAGGAUGAUGAUUUACAAGAAGAUGCAGCCGAUGAGGAGUUUACAUCAUCGAACGUUGUUAAUCCGUCAUCGCAAGGAGUUAGAAUCAUCAGGGCAGGGGGUGAUGCUCCGGUUGUUGUAGAUGUGACUGGGACCGCAGAAGGGUCCAAUCUUGAAGCCCUUGCACAAGCAUUGGGUACACUGCCGUCCGUCAAUGAAUCUGGGGAGCAGACGACAUCCAUGGAUGAUGCGAUGCUGCAAGGAGAUGGGCAGAAUUUGGUUGAAGUCGCGCUCAUGCAUGCAAAUAUUAUUGAGAUGCAUCCGCCCACUUCUGCUGAGAUCAGUGCCAUCAAACCCAAGAUUGAAGACGGUGAUGAAAGACAACAUGAGUGUGACAUCUGUAAACGGAGAUUUAAGGAGCUAUCAGUGCUCCGGGCCCACAUGCUCACCCACACCAACCAGCGAGAUUUCCACUGCCCCUUUCAUGGCUGUCGAUAUGCUUUCAAGACCAAGGGAUCUCUGAAGAGGCAUGUCAGGAGACACACUGAUGAACGUCCUUACAAAUGUUACAUGUGUGAUCGUGCAUUUAGAGAAUCUGGUGCCCUCACAAGGCAUAUGAAGUCAAGGUCCCCUUGUGUUACCAAGACUGAUGCUGAUCUUCCUCGGUAUGGCCGCAUUCAGAAGUUAGUCGGUGGAAUCCAGAAACCUCAUGUCCAGCCUGUCCAGCCAGUCCAGCCUGUCCAUCCUGAUUCUCAAGACCCAACUGAAGAUGUACCCGUGUUCGAGAUGGUGGUUGGAGAUAAUAUGACUGAUGAAGACGAGAUAGCGGUUGUAGCCCAAAGGUUGGAGGCCCAGUCUGCUGUGGCACUCAUAUGUGACGCUUGUGGCCAGCAGCUUCCCAGUCACGUGAAGUUCAGGUUGCAUCUUCAGUCCCAUAUCAAUGAUUUGCCAUUCCACUGUGAUCAGUGCGACUUUGUGGCUGAGACAAAGCAUCAACUGAUCCAGCACGAGAGGUCCCGCCAUUCUCUUGGUGUGCUGACUAUUGGUGGUAAACCUGAAGACAGUGACGGCUUCGUGACUGGAGAGGAUGUCCCUGAGGAGAAUUUUGGUAGAAUACCUGUGGAGGAGGUCAGAGGUAAUGAAGAGCUGCAAGAACAGGUCGUGGAGUGUGAAGCCUCUGAGGAGGAUGUGAUUGUGACUGAAACUGAUGAUGACGGCAUUGAGACUAGCGAGGUGAAUCUAGAGUCAAUAAAACCUGAUGGGGAAGCGACGAGGGGCCCUGAUGGUGAGGUAAAUCAAGGGACAAGCAUUCCUGUUAAUGAAGAAGUGAUUGUGCAUCAUAUAUUAACCCCUGGCGAUGAAGAGGAUCAGCUGGUGACCCAAACUGGAGGGAAUGAGCCGGGAGGUCAAGUGUCCAGUGAGGAAGGGACCGUGGAGAGCAACACUACUGUCCAUCUGAUCAUUGAGAGGGUUGAAGGGCCUGACGAGGGAGAGGGCCAUCAGGAACAGAGUGAUGAAGAAAUUUCAGAGAAAGAUGUGACUGCCAGUGAACAUGAGAUUGCAGGCCCUGACCCUAAUGUUGAUGGGAAUCUUCAGAUGCACACCUAUGUUGAACCAAUGCAAGUUGACUCUCAGACUAAGAAAUGUCAAAGUGAUGUCGUUGCACUUACUGAACUAGAUGGGUUGAAAAAGAAAGCAGCCGUUGCAUUGGAACAGAUGUUCAAACUUGGCUACAAGACAACGCUAACACCCACAGCUAGUAACGACCUGAGAGACAAGAAGUACAAAAAUCACAAGAAGUGUCCGUAUUGUAUGAGGACGUUUCGGGGGUCGAGUUAUCUCCGUCUCCAUAUGAGAUCUCACACCGGAGAACGUCCCCAUAAAUGUGCUCACUGCCUUAAAGCCUUCACCACGCGAGAUGCACUCAAUAAACACCUGUACACCCACACUGAUGACAGGCAGUAUAAAUGUGGAGAGUGCGGCAAACUGUUCAAGAGGAUCUCCCACGUUCGAGAGCAUCUUAAGAUUCAUACGGGAGAGAGACCUUUUGUCUGCAAGAUCUGUGGCAAGGGCUUUAAAACACAUAAUGCCUGCAAAGUUCACACCCGAACGCACACGUCUGUCAUGCCUUGGCAGUGCCCCACGUGCAAUAAACGUUUCCGUGAGAAAGGUUCCCUCGAGCGUCACGUCAGAACACACACAGGCAAUAAACCUUACCCAUGUCCUCACUGUCAUCGAAGGUUUGCGGAACAUGGAACACUCGGUCGACAUCUCAAGGCUAAAGUGCCUUGUACAAGGAGCUUGUUUCUGCAGAGACAGGCGGAGGGUGAGCCGGCCCAGGCAGAACCUAUGGAGGAAUACCCCACUCUCCUUGCAGAGUUCUCGUCCGUUGUCGCCGAUACUCAACAAUAUAUGAUCCCUACAACAUCAGGAGAACAAACAGAACCGGAGACCACCGAGGUCGUCGUCAUGGGCACCCAAGAGCAAACUGAAGGAGGAAGUGACAUCAUCGAAAUAAUUGCAGACGAAAACAACCAGAUCAUAAAUGAAGACGGAACAACUGCCUAUGUUAUCCUCGACCAGAGCGGGGAUAAGAUAACUGUCUUGGACAGUAAGACUGGCGAAACAUUAGAACUAAUCCAAAGUGUUGAGAAUGAUACGAGUGAUACGAUUCAGGUCAUGUCAUGUUUUGACGACAGUAGCCAGUAUGUUACCAUAGCAACAGAUCAAACAGUCGAUGCAAAUGCAUGUCAGGGCGAGGUGAUUGCUUCUGUGAGUGUCACAGAGGAUCAGAUAAAUGAAGCAAUAGCUAUUGUGAGGGAACAGCCAAUCGCAAUAGACUCUGCCACUCUUGACAUUCAGGAGGCUAUAGAGCAGGCCGGGGAGAUAGAAGCUGUGGCGAUGGACCCCAAUGCUUGUGUGGAAAAUGAUGUGAAUUCUGUUAAUGUAGAACAUGUUGCAUUCAGUGCGACUGAAUGAGCCCACUGCAAUAUUUGCCUGUAAACCAGAUUUGAUAAAAUACAAAGAUGUAAAUAUUUGUACGUUAUUUUAUGAUGUUUCUGAAGUCAUUGUGACUGGGAGCUUG